UCGGCUAACUGUUAUCAUCACUCAUCACUAUCUCUUGAUUUUGAUUUAUCAACCAAAUAUCUCUCUUUCAUGCCUUUCUCUUCUACCAGGUUAUUGGUGGGUUUGCUAUUUUCAGUAAAGAUGAUCAAUCUUCUUCCUUGAUUAUGAUCAUGAAAAUGCAAUAAUACCCAUACCCCACAGCCAUAGAUUCAUUCAAUCAUUUGAUCUGAGUGUAUAUUCUUCAUCAAAAGGUCCCAUCACGAUUGAUUGGGAAAAAGAUCGAAAGCGAGAAAGAUGGAUUGUUAUCCGUAGGGUCUUAAUUGGUGUUUUUGAACUUCGAGUUUGCCAAAACUGUACAUUCGUUGGACACCAACCGCCACGCCAAUAAAUAGUUGCGUUGUGUGUAUUGAGGAAUAAGCGAAACCAAAUUUCAUAUUUUAAAAGGAAGAUUGAAGAGACCUAAAAAGGAAAAACAUGUGGAAGAUUUGUUUGGCAUUCUGAUGUUUCUACUAUAAGAUGAAGUAAAGGGAGGAUUUUGUUCACAUGCGAGAUCACGAACCGGGGAUUUGCCACGGUUUCUCGGCCACAAUUUCUGAAGUUUUAUAUAUCCCUUUGACGAGCCUGUUGACCCACUUGGCUUUCGAGUGGUGCAAUUAUUUGUUUCCUUUCAAGCAGUCGUUCAUGGUCACGCGUGACGUAAAGUAGGAACGAAGGCUUGUUUGGCACUGAAAUGAGAGGACCCUUUUCAGAUAGUAGCUAGAAGAGAACCACCAUGUUCCCUCGUCUUGAUUUUAGAGAUGUUCAAGAGAAGCUCUCCGCGCAGUUCAGACCUUGGGAACGCUCUUUUCAGUUCUGGGUCCGUGUUGCUGACAUCUACACUGGUUAUAAGGUUCUUCAGCUUCGGGUGAGGUUCGAGAAGGAUGUGGAGAAGCAGGAGGCAAUGUGGGAGAAUCAGCACGAACAUGCAGCUGAGAAGAUAUAUGCUAUGUGCUCCGAAAUGGGUGGUUUCUUCCUUAAGGUUGCUCAAGUUAUUGGGAAGCCGGAUUUGGCCCCAGCUGCAUGGGUGAAGAGGCUUGUUACACUGUGUGAUCGAGCACCAGCAACCCCUUUUGAUGUUGUUCAACACGUUGUGGAGAAAGAACUGCACAGAAGUCUUGGUGAAGUCUUUGAAACAUUUGACCCUGAACCUCUUGGUUCAGCUUCCAUUGCUCAGGUUCACAGAGCUAGGCUAAAGGGUGAAAAGAAUGAUGUUGUGGUCAAGGUUCAACAUCCAGGAACUGAGAAUCUAAUGAUGACAGAUAUCCGUAAUUUAAAAGCCUUUGCCUUGUGCAUUCAAAAGACAGAUAUCAAAUUCGAUCUAUAUUCUGUAGCAAAGGAAAUGGAGAAACAGAUCGGUUAUGAAUUUGACUUUGAGAGGGAGGCAAAUGCUAUUGAAAAGAUCCGACUUUUUCUAUGUAGAAACAACAAAAAGAGUCCUGUAUUGGUGCCACGCGUGAUGGGGAAUAUUGUUACCAGGAGGGUUCUGGUGAUGGAAUAUAUUGAUGGAAUCCCAAUCCUCAAUCUUGGCGAUGAAAUAGCAAAGAGAGGCAUAGAUGCUAGUGGCAAGAUUGCUUUAGCAGCAAAGCAGAAAAUUCUUACUAGUUUGACCCUGGCAUAUGGGCAAAUGAUUCUGAAGAGUGGUUUCUUCCAUGCAGAUCCUCAUCCAGGAAAUAUAUUGAUCUGUAAAGGCUCAGAGGUAGCAUUGCUUGAUUACGGGCAAGUGAAGGAUCUUCCUGACACGUUGAGGCUUGGUUAUGCUAAACUUGUUCUUGCUAUUGCAGAUGAUGACACCACAGGAGUCGCAGAAAGCUUCAGGGAGCUCGGUAUAGAUACUGUAAGCAAUUGCAAAAAUGUAAAAGAAGAACUAUUUAAGUUGUCACAGGUAAUGUUCGAUACGAGGUUACCUCCUGGAAAGGUGUUGAUGCAACCGUUCGAGGAGGACUCUUCGAUAAAGAAAGUUGGUGUUCAGUCGUUUCCGGAAGAACUUUUUUCCAUUCUUCGGACAAUCCAAAUCCUUAGAGGACUGAGUGUUGGACUUGGAAUCAAUUACUCGUGCACCAAACAAUGGCGACCCAUUGCAGAAGAAGCCUUGUUGGUUUCUGGUAGGCUAGAAGGUAGGAAGAUUGAUUCUACAACCCAUAAACGUGGACUCUUAAAGAGAUUGUUUUCGAGAUCAAGCUGAUUCGUUCGUGACAAGACAGGCGAUGGAUAUGAAUCAAUCUGGACGCAUCUGAUCGAUGACAGGUGCAUUGAGAGCUUCAAUAUUCGUUUAUGAAAUAAAUAUUCAAAUUCAUCUUCUUCGUUGAGUGUCAUUCUUUAACCACCACAAGCUCCUCCUCCAUGAUAGACUUUUCAAGCUGCUCCCAUUUUGGUAGUUUAUUCAUUUAUUUUUCUUUUUUAUCUGAGGGAUGAGUCAUGAUUUCCAUGUUUAUGAAAUCCAAAGGUAGAGAUUCAAUUUAUCAUCUGAUGUUGUUGUUCUUCACACAAGCCCAUGACUGAUUACUUCAAGUUGCAGUGCUCAAUAUGUUUGCCAAAUCUGUGGGGAAAUUACAGAGCUUGCAGCCUUUAUAUUUA